AUGUUGCAACUCAAGGCCAUGUUGGACGAGGAGGAACAAGUCACGAGCACCGUGCGCAUGCUGAUUGUCGAACGCGACUACUCUGCAUUGUUUGAGGAGGUUCUCUACAAAAACAGCACUCCGUCAACCCAACCUCCAUGUACCCUCCUAGUUCUCAAAGAGAGCAAAUACGAAGAACACAGCCGUAUACACUCGUUCCCCGUGUGGGCAUGCCAGGAUCAUCCCAUCUCCGCCGCCCUCAAACUUUCACCCAUGGAGACGGAGGCAGAGCGUACGUCCCGUCUGUACGCAGAAGCCGAGGCGAAACGGGUUUCUGAGCAAAUCGACGACGACCUGCGGGAGGAGCGGGAGCGAUUGAAGAAGAAGAAGAAGGGCGACGUCAAGCUUCUUCUCCUUGGUCAAGCCGAGAGCGGGAAAUCGACGCUUCAGAAACAGUUCCAGCUCAUGUAUAAACCCACUUCGAUGGUCCAAGAACGCGCAUCUUGGACAGCGGUCAUCUACUUCAACGUCGUUCAUUCAUUAAAACACAUCCUAGCUACGCUUGAAGCUUGGGACGACACUCUCGACGAAGACGCCGAGGCGCAACCUACAUCGACGGACGAUUCACAGUCUAUCAUACCAAAGAAGGCUCGCGGGAACGGUAUCGCAGAUCAGCCGUCACCAUCUACUUCUCUCUUGACGGGCAGCAUCAUCCAAGGAUCACCAAGUUCCCUGAUGCCGUCGGAGGCCGGCGGCUCACACUCCCAUUCGAUGAAAGAGGGCGGCGCCCUUCAGAUAGCCAACCUUCGACGCAGGUUGUUCCCAUUGGUAGCUGCGGACGCGCAGCUCGCGGACAGGCUCAGUGGUGGAAUCUCGGUGUCUGGUUCUGGUAAGGGCGGCGUCUUUGUGCAUAGUGGUUGGCAGGCCCGCACGAUCGAGAAUGCUCUAGGAAGGAUCAAACAAAAACGCCGUUCGGCCGAAAGCGAAAAGAAGACUCGACGUUGGGCGAAUGUUGGAGCUCUCCGUUUAGGAUAUCCGGGAGUUGUGGCAUCAUCCCACUGUCAAGGGGUUAAUCGCCAACGGAAACGGAAACUUGAUGAAUGGUCCGAGUUUUUUCUUAAGAACAUCAUGCGUGUCGCGUCGCCGGACUACGUUCCAAGUAUAGGUAACGUAGCUCUUCUUAGCCUCAAUAAGGAAGGCCCCUGGCUACACUCUCAGCUCAUACUCUCAAACUCCAUGGGCCUCCAUGAUUUUCGUGAAGAUGUCGAUCAGCAACGAAAUAUUGAGCAUUUUGAAGAACCAAAGCGUGUUGAAUUCUUGUGCGAUUCCGGUUACGAUACGCGUUUCAUGAACCCUGCGAUGUUUCAGCACCCAAGGUCAUGA